UAAAUAUGUUUUAUGCAAUCGCAAAUCACAAUCAUUAAUAAAUAAUAAUCAAAAAUGUUUUAGCUCAAACGAUUGAUUGGCAGCUAUCAUUGUAUACAAAUUAUAAUAUUUCAUAUUGGAACUCUUAUUUAAAAUGGAACUUACAGAAGAUCAGAGAAAACGUAUAGAAGAAAAUAGAAAAAAAGCUUUGUUAAUAAGACAAGAAAAAUCGAAAGCUAGAUCAACUGUACAACCUUAUCAAAAACCCACAUUAUCAAAGAAAGAUAAAAGUCAUCAAAUCACAGUUGCUGGUCAAUCAUAUGUAGACACUGAAGCUGGGUUUUUGCUUAAUGAGGAUGAUCUAUCAGAUAAGAAUAAGCCGAUAAUACUAGCAUCAACACCAAAUCCAAUAUUAUCAAAAACUGAACAGCCUUUAUGUCUUGAAUGUAAUCAUGAAUUUGGUAUUUCUUAUUUGAUGACAAAUUUUGAUCAUCCUGUCUGUGAUAGAUGCAAGGAUAAGUUUGGAAAAGAAAAAUAUGAUUUAAUUACCAAGACUGAAGCUAAAAAAGAAUACUUAUUAAAAGAUUGUGAUAUUGAUUUGCGCUCACCUCCACUUAGGUUUAUUCUGGGCAAAAAUCCACACAAUUCAAGAUGGGGUGAAAUGAAAUUAUAUCUUUUACUUCAAGUAGAAAAAAGAGCAUUAGAAGUUUGGGGUUCUGAAGAAGAAGUAGAACGACAAAUUGAACUAAGACAAGAAAAGCAAAAGGCCUCAAAGUUAAAAACAUUCAAAAAAAAAGUCAAAGAAUUAAGAAUGUCAACUAGGAGUAGUUUGUAUACUAAAGUCACAAAAGCUUCUCAUCAACAUGAAUAUGAUACAGAGAUAUACAAUGAAGAAGAAGACAAUUAUGAACGCACUUGUACUUCUUGUGGAUUUCAUGAAAUUUUUGAAAAAAUGUAAAUAAAAUUGUACGGAACUAUUUAUACGAUCCAAAUUCUAUUUAAAAUCAUUAUUUUUGUAAAUGUGUACAUUUUAUUAAAGUAUGUGUUUUAAAUUAGGCUUUCCAUUAUCAAGAACUUGAAUAAUUAAA